AUGAGAAUCCAAAACCUCGUGAGCAGCUCCUUUCGAUGCUCGGUGUAUGGGGAACGCCUAGUUUCGGCUGCAAGAGAUGGGGACCUCCCAGAAGCUAAGGCUUUGUUGGAGUGCAAUCCGUGCCUUGCCAGGUACUCCACCCUUGGUGUUCACAACUCCCCUCUCCAUUAUCCUGCUGCUCAGGCUCACCAUGAGAUUGUUUCUCUAUUGCUCGAUUCCAGGGUGGACAUUAAUCUGAGGAAUUACCGUGGUCAGACAGCUUUGAUGCAAGCUUGCCAGUAUGGUCAUUGGGAAGUUGUUCAGACUCUAAUUCUUUGUAGGGCUGAUAUUCACAGAGCGGACUAUAUCAAUGGGGGCACUGCUUUACACUUGGCUGCAUUAGAUGGCCAUACUCUGUGUAUCCGCCUCCUCCUCGUAGACUAUUUACCAAGUAGGCAAGGUCUCUUAAAUGUCAUGAGGGGAAAUUCAGAAAACGCGGAGUCUAUUGCAGAGUUUGAUCGAGGUGCCCUUUGCGAGGCGGUCAACAGAACUGCUGAUGGAAGCAUAACUGCUCUGCACAUGGCUUCACUUAACGGUCAAUUUGAAAGUGUGCAUCUUCUCUUGGACUUCGGAGCUUCUCUUUCUGCAGUUACUGAGGAUGAUGGAACUACCAUGGACCUUAUAGGUGCCGGAAGUGCUCCACUUCAUUAUGCUGCAUGUGGCGGAAAUGCACAAUGCUGUCAGAUCCUGAUAGACCAUGGUGCAAGUCUUACUGCUAUAAAUAGUAACGGUUGGAUUUCUUUGAUUAUUGCACGCUCAUGGCACAGAAAUUGGCUUACAGAAAUCCUUAGCAGACAACCAGAUGGUCUGCCGCAAACUCUUCCUUCGCCUUACAUUUCUCUUCCUCUGACGAGCAUUGUCAACAUUGCUAGGUGA